AAUAAUAUCAACACACUUGUGCACAAAGAAACAAACUCCAUUCUUAAUAAUAAGUCAUUACCAUGAAAAUGCUGCAUUGUCUUCUUCUCUUUUCAUUACUAUUUAUGAUCAUCCAUGGCAAAAGCUUCAAUAAUUUCAUGUCUUGCUCCCAAACCCCAUAUCCAGACCUCUGCUUCCAUUACAUAAACCCAAACGACAACGUAUUGACUGCCGAUAUUGACGAAACUUCUGUCAUCACCCGCUAUCAAAACUUGACCAUUCGAGCCACUUUGAACCAAGCCAUGGUGGUCCAUGACCAUCUUCGCUUCGCCAUGGAUCUUGAUUCAUUUGAUGAUGAUGACAGGACUAAAUUCGCUUUAAUCGACUGUUUGGAACUCUAUGAGGAUUCGAUCACCGAGCUCAAUCGUUUGGCAAUGAGCUCCAUGAGUGUCAACUCCUCGAUUGACCACUUGACGCUGCUAAGCGCUUCAUUAGCCAACCAUCAAACAUGCCAAGAUGGAUUUCGAGAUUUCGGAUUAUUUUCGUUUGAUGAUCCAUUUCAAAUUUUGAGUAACUUCUCAAAAUUGGUCAGCAAUUCUCUUGCCAUCACAAAGGCCGCUGUGGCGGUGCCCCCCACUAGUUCCUCCACCUCCGGUGGCAGGCGGUUGCUAGGUGGCUCAUUUCCUCAGUGGAUUUACGAUGUUGAUAGGAUUCUCCUUCAGGGCACGGUCGGAAAUCGUGCGGAUAUGGUGGUGGCACAAGAUGGAAGCGGGGAUUUUAGGACAAUAUCGGAGGCGGUGACAGCGGCGGAGGAUGCGACAAAGGGAUGUCGAAGGUUUGUUAUAUAUGUAAAAGGUGGGAUUUACAAAGAGAAUGUUGUGAUUAAGAAGGGGAUGAAGAAUGUAAUGAUGAUUGGAGAUGGAAUGGAUAGGACGAUCGUCACAGCCAUGAAAAAUGUCCAAGAUGGAUCAACAACUUUCCAAUCAGCCACUUUUGCGGUGGCCGGUGAAGGGUUCAUCGCCAAAGACAUGACGUUUGAGAACACGGCGGGGCCAGAGAAACACCAAGCCGUUGCACUCCGAUCUAAUGCCGAUCGGUCAAUUUUCUACCGAUGCAGCUUUAAAGGCUACCAAGAUACUCUAUACGCCCACUCCAACCGCCAAUUCUACCGUGAAUGCCACAUUUACGGAACUGUCGACUUCAUUUUCGGCGACGCUGUUGCCGUUUUUCAAAACUGCAACAUCUUCGUCAGAAAGCCGAUGAUGAACCAGAAAAACACCAUCACGGCGCAUGCGAGGUCCGACCCAAAUGAGAACACGGGAUUCGUAAUCCACAAUUCCGUCAUUCAGGCGGCGCCGGACUUGAAGCCGGUGGAGGGUUUGUACGGAACUUAUUUGGGGAGACCGUGGAAGCCGUAUUCGAGGACGGUGAUAAUGAAGAGCUUUUUGGACGGUCUGAUUGAACCGGCCGGGUGGCUUCCUUGGGCCGGAGAUUUCGGUCUGAGGACGGUUUAUUAUGGGGAGUUUAUGAACACAGGUGGUGGAGCAUAUACGAAAGGGAGGGUCCAGUGGCCGGGAUACCAUGUGAUGACGAGUGCGGCGGAGGCGGAGAGAUUUACGGUGGAAAGUUUCCUUGAAGGAGGAAGUUGGAUUCCGGCCACCGGAGUGCCAUUUGCAAAUGGGCUAUGAUUAUGAUAUUAAACUUAUCCAAGUAUAGAUAAGAAAAAAAAGAAAGAAAGAUACGCACCAGUCAAAAUAGUAGCUUCUGCUGACUUUUUGAUAGUGUAGUGGUGUAUUUUAAGUGGUUAAAAAAUUAUACAGAAAUUUGAAUGCGGUAGAAAUAGGAAAAAUAAAAUUGUAAAAAUACAUCAUAUCCAAAAGUUUGUAAGAGGUUCCCAAUUCCAUGACCAGUGUAUACUAUAGACAAACACUCAGAUAUAAGAAAACAGCCCAAAUAGGAGAAAAGUGGGGUGGGGUAAAAUGUUGGGUAACUGAUGUUAGGAUUUGUUUGAGAGAAAGGUUGGGUAUAUAGCUUAUUAUAGUUGAAAGACUUUUAUGGUUGGGUAUAUAGCUUAUUAUAGUUGAAAGAUUUCUAUACCUUGAUAAUAAUAGUAAAGAGAAAAUAUAUGAAAGACUAUUUUCUUUUCUUUUCUUUUCUUUUCUAAGAUCCUAACAUGAAAGACUUAAUUCUACUCUAAUAUCAUUUAAAAAAAAAAAAAAAAAAACACUUUAUCUUGUUCAAUCAAUGUAGGAUGUAGAUUUACCUUAAAAGUGUAAUAAAAAUCCGGAAAAAAAUGUGCCUAUGUAAAGUUUAAAAUAAAUAUAAUUUUUUGAAAAAAAGAAUAAUAAUAGUUAAAUAAUUAUUUAUUCGAGAUCCCAACACUAACAUAGAAUGAAUGAAAUUACCGCAACAAAAUACAAUAAGCACAAAGUUUAGUAGAGACUACCCGACUCUCUUUUUUCACGAGAAAACCAAAGAAGUAUAUGUUGACUUUGACUCUGCAGCUCUUUCUAUUUAAUUUCAGUCUGCAGCUCUUUCUAUUUAAUUUCAGUAGCAAAUUAAAUAAAUUGUAAGGACUGGAGAAUGAGUGAGUACAGUUCCACACUCAAAAGUGAGGCCUCCUGAUUUCAGUUCGACUCUUAUGGACAGAAUCAUAUACUAAAAAAUUUCCUUUGAUUACUUUAUUUAAACGAACCGCAUUAAAAGUCCUUUAAAAACACAACUAUUCCAAAUGCAAUUUCCCAAUCAAAGCUCUGAGAUUGUCAUUCGGGUUU